UCACAACACUGACCAGCUACCUGUUAAGAGCUGCGUCAAUGCAGACCAGCAUCCCUGACCAUUGCAGAAGAAACCCCUUCAGCUUGAAGACACCCUUAGCCGGGAAAUGAAGCUCUGCAACAGUUCAUUCGCUGCUGAUGUCUGCUACGUUCUGCCCGGUACACCUCUUUGUCAAGGUAUGUGGCGCUUCUCCUCUCCUGUUCCCAGCAAAAGCCAACCAUUUGAACGACUUCUUCAAAACCCUAAUUUUUUUCACAUUCGCAAACCCUCCAAAAACCCUAGAUUGUCAAACGAGGAACUCUUCUUCUUCUUCGGCUACUGCUAUUACCAUCACCACCGUUACAAACUUAGAUUUUCUAGAUCAGUUCUUGCCUUUUGGAAAUUUGGAUUUGCCUAAUAUCGUUAAUCCACAUGAAAGGCGUCUAAUUGUGGUUGGGUUGUCAAAAAUGAUCAAACAAGAACAAGGGUAUGUUUUGAAGGGUUUUUCUCAAAGAUUUUGCCCCUUUUUCCUGGUAAAGAUCAUGAAAUUCUUUAAUGAUCGAAAAUCGGCUUUUGCAUUCUUCAAAUUCGCAUUUCGGAAUGGCUCAGAGAGUUCAAUUCAGUCUUGUUGUCUUGUGGCUCAUCUUCUUGCGGCUGAAGAAUUUCGUUUCCUUUCACAAGAUGUUCUUUCUUGUGUAAUUGCAAGAUUUGGACCUGGUAGAAGUAAGGAUGUGGUGGAUUUUGUAUGGAGGGAUCACCAUUUGCACCAGUCGGAUUUCUCGGUUCUUGAUUCACUUAUGAGGGCCUUUAUGAAAGUUGGUAUGGUUACAGAUGCAAUGGAGCUUUUGAGUAGAAUAAGGAACCUUGGAUUGAGGCCGAGUCUGUCUGCCAUGAGCAUUCUCUUCAAGCUGUUACUUCAGAGGGGUGAUUCUGGUAGUGUUUGGAAAUUGUUCAGGGAUUUGGUUGGCAAAGGACCUUCUCCUUCUAAUUUUACUUUCAAUGUUAUAGUUCAUUGGUUUUGUAAAAGGGGACAUCUUCAAGUUGGGGAGAGUAUACUGCACUUGAUGCGCAAAUUCCACUGUGAACCUGAUGUCUUUACUUAUAACAUUGUGAUCAAUGCUUACUGCAUCAGUGGCCGAACAUCUGAUGCUCUUGGCUGGGUCCAUUGGAUGAUCUCAAUCGGUUGCAGUCCAAGUGCUGUUACUUUCAGUACACUUAUUAAUGCUUUAUGUAAGGAGGGGAAUACGGUUGAAGCAAGAGCACUCUUUGAUGGACUUCGAGAUGUCGGUAUUGCUCCAAAUACCACCAUGUAUAACAUCCUCAUUGAUGGAUAUGUCAAGGCAAGAGAGAUUGGGCAGGCUAAUUUACUUUAUGAGGAAAUGCAGGGUAAGGGUGUAGCUCCUGAUGGUAUAACUUUUAACAUUCUUGUCGCUGGGCACAAGAAGUUUGGGAGGGAAGAAGAUGGAGACAGGUUAUUAAGGGAUAUAUCCAUGUCAAGUUUGGUUCCCAAUCAUUCAUUGUCAGAUAUUUCAAUUGCAGGGUUGUGUUGGGCUGGUAAGCUUGAUGAUGCCAUGGAAUUCCUACGAGAUAUGCUUGAGAAGGGGGUACUUCCUAGUGUGGUUGCAUUCAACUCAAUAAUUGCAGGUUAUAGCAAAGUGGGGAUAGAUAACAAGGCCUUUGAAGCUUACAGAGUUAUGAUAGAUUUUGGUCUGACACCUUCAUCUUCCACUUGUAGUUCUCUGCUUUUGGGCUUGUGCAAAAAGGGGAGGCUACAAGAGGCUGGAGAACUUAUGGAUAAGAUGAUGGAGAAGGGUUUCCCCAUCAACAAAGUAGCUUUCACUUUGCUUUUAGAUGGUUAUUUCAGGAUGGGAGACAUUACAGGGGCUCAGAUGUUGUGGGAUGAGAUGGAACAGAGGGGGAUAUCUCCAGACAUGGUUGCAUUCUCAGCCUUCAUAGAUGGGCUUUCAAAAUCAGGUCUUGUUGAAGAGGCCUAUGAAGCAUUUGUAGAAAUGUUGGGGAGAGGUUUUGUGCCAAACAACUUCACAUACAACUCCUUGAUUGGUGGAUUUGUUAAUUGUGGGAAGUUGAGUGAAGCAUUGAGGUUGGAGGUGGAGAUGAGACAAAAAGGACUUCUCCCAGAUAUAUUCACUACUAAUAUGAUCAUUAACGGGUAUUGUAAACAGGGCAGGAUGAAUUCAGCGAAGGAUGUAUUUAUGCAGAUGCACAGAAUUGGGUUGACCCCUGAUGUUGUUACAUACAAUACUUUAAUAAGUGGGUAUUGUAAGGCUUUUGACGUGGUUAACACUGAGGAUUUUGUGAGUAAGAUGCGUGCUAGCUGGUGUGACCCUGAUAUUAUGACGUAUAAUAUACGGAUCCAUGGUUUCUGCAGUAUCCGCAGGAUGAGUCAUGCUGUGAUGAUGUUGGAUGAGCUUGUUUCAUCAGGUAUUGUUCCUAACACUGUAACAUACAACACUAUGAUGAAUGGUGUUUGCAGUGACUUACUGGAUCGUGCUAUGAUAUUAUCAGCAAAGUUGCUUAGGAUGGGCUUUGCUCCAAAUGUUGUUACUGUUAAUUUAUUGCUCUCUCACUUUUGCAAGCAAGGGAUGCCUGAUAGAGCCUUGAUGUGGGGCCAGAAGUUGAGUGAAAUUUCCUUUGCUUUGGACGGAAUCACAUAUAAAAUAUUGGACAGAGCUUAUUGUGAUCUGCAGGAAGGUGCAGAAAUUUCGAAAGAGAAAUCAGGGAUGAAUGUCUUCCUUGACUUUCUCAUGUACAUUACAUAUGAUUAUCUAUACAGAAAUAAGCCUCACUUUGAAUUGGAUCAUAAAUACUUGCUGCAAAUAUGACCUUGGUUUAAUGGGUUUCACAAGGUCAAACUAGCAGGACUUUUCUACAGGGCAUCAGGACUUCAUUUGUACAGAUUCAUUGAGAGAAAGGGAAGUUGGACAGGUCUGCAUCAAUGAGUCCAGCAGAUAUAAUGGAUUAGGCAGCUGAGAGGGGUGAUCUUUCCUUAACUGUGUUACCAUUUUCCGUUGCCAGAUUAAUUUGUUGCGAGCCUAUCUUCCCCCAGUUGUACUGUUGUGUAGUCUUCUAUUAUCGAUAGAUAACAUAUGAGAAAAUUCAAUCGGAAAUUUUGGUCUGAUAGUGGCAUUUAAAGUAAUAGAGAUGAUGAGCCUGAGUGUUUCACAUGGGCCAUUAAAAGUGGUGGUGAAAGCUUGAUUAGUUUUACUCGUGUUUGAAUGAGGAGCCAUGGAAUCCCACAAGAGCUAUCAUACUUGUUAA